CAGGAAAACGCAUUGCAUCUUCUGAUUUGAUCGGACUGCUUCCUCUUCCCUCCUCUCCCCCUGACGCCUCUUCUUCCCCCUCCCCACCCUCAGCCAAACUUGGAUGCUUUCCUCCCAAAAAAAUGUACUCCCACGACCAAUUUAUGAAUCCGGGGCCUGCUCCCCGCCCUCCCGCGGAUCGGCCAAAGCUCAACUUGCCCACCAACCCGACCGUAGCCACCUCGUUCAGUCAAAUGAGUCUCAAUUCUCCUAGCACUCCCGGGCCUGCCAAUCUAUCCCUCUUUCCCAAUACAAGCACACCUACGCUCACACGUACCAAGACCGAACAGUCCGGACAGGGUGGAGUCGCUGUGAUCAAAGAAGGCUAUGUUCGCUGCAAGGAGGACAAGUUUCUGGCGACUUGGAAUCAGCGGUAUCUGAUCCUACGCGAAUUUCGUCUCGAUUUUCUGAAGAAUGAGACAGGCAAGAUUGUUCUGUCGAUCCCACUGGCUGCGGUCACAGGUGUUUCACGCUCGGAGGAUACACGCAUGGCGUUUGAGAUACUGCGGCUGGCGAACCCCAAAGAUGCCAGUUCCAAAGCGGCCUUGAUCACCCGCGAUGUGCCCACCAAGAGCAUCACCUGCGAAGUCAAAAGCGACGACGAGAUUUACGAUUGGAUCGAUAAAAUCUAUGAGCGCUGUCCGGGAAUGGGUGGUGUCGGCAAUCCCACCAACUUCAGCCACCGUGUUCAUGUAGGCUUCGAUCCGCGCACUGGUGCCUUUGUCGGGUUGCCACCGGAGUGGGAGAAGCUUUUAACUGCGUCCGCUAUUACCAAGGAAGACUAUAAGAAUAACCCCCAGGCCGUCAUUGAAGUACUUGAGUUCUACUCCGACCAGAUGCGCGAGCAGAACCCCCAAUACUACGCCGGCCUAACUUCGCCCCCGACCCAGCAGGCUAUGUCCUACGGCAAUAACUCCGUGGGUAAUUCCAUCGCGCCCCCUCGCCCACCACCACCCGCUCCUGCGCAACGAUUGGAUAUCAACCAAUCGUACUCCAACCGCUCGGCAGCCUCGCCGCCUGCGCAGUCAGAUCGUGCCGCGGAGCAGCAGCAGCAGCAACUGGAGCGAAUGAAUGAGCUGGCAGAUCAGGAGCGACGCCGUGUCGAAGAAGAGGCCCGUCGGGCGCGACAGCGAGAGGAGGAGCAAAGCAAAUACGAGCAGGAUGUGUAUAAUGCUUCCCUGCCUAAGACUCGCGCACCCCUGGCGAAGCAGGAAUUGGGAGGGUAUGGAUCACCGGAUGAUCGCUACAAGCCCAGUCGCCCCGCUCCCCAAGCUCCAGGCUCCACUCGUCCUGAUCCUUCGCGUCAACUGACUGCCCAGCGCUCUGCACCUUCCCCGCCUACGGCUGGCCAACGACCUGGAGACUACAGCAAUGGCCGGACAGAGCAAGCCUCGCCUAGCUCAAGGUUUCCGGCCCAGACUCAACCUGCACGAACCCCGAAUAGCGGUCCCAAAACGCAGCAGGCUCAAGGCCCGCCCCCUAGUAAGCUGCCUGCGCCAGUGCAGCCGGUCAAGCCAUUGAAUAUCGCAAACAAGCAGGCGACAGGCAAGACAAAUGUGCCAGACGGAGUCCGUCAAGCCGAAGCGGCUUUGACGAAAAAGGCGGAGCCCCGGCAGAGGGAGGUGCGCAUGUCGGCUAUGAGCGAGAAUGAGGUUAUGGAUCGGUUGCGGUCCGUUGUCUCGAAGGACAAUCCAAAUGAGUCCUACAGUAAGCAGCGUAAGAUCGGACAAGGCGCCUCUGGCUCUGUGUAUGUGGCUCGCGUCAAGGAGCAUGCCACGUCUCCAAUCGCUCGGGAGCUGUACCGCCAAUAUGGGCCGCGCACUCAAGUGGCCAUCAAGCAAAUGGAUUUGCGCAGCCAGCCGCGUAAGGAGCUGAUUGUAAACGAGAUCAUCGUCAUGAAAGACAGCCAGCACUCGAACAUUGUGAACUUCCUUGACUCCUUCUUGCAAGAGCAGAGCAACGAAUUAUGGGUGGUCAUGGAAUUCAUGGAGGGAGGUGCUUUGACCGAUGUGAUUGAUAACAACCCGGUAAUCCAGGAAGACCAGAUCGCUACCAUUUGUUUAGAGACCUGCAAAGGCUUGGCUCACCUACAUAGCCAGAACAUCAUCCAUCGUGAUAUCAAGAGUGACAACGUGCUCCUGGACCGAGCUGGCCAUGUCAAGAUUACCGAUUUUGGUUUCUGUGCUAAGCUCACAGAGUCGAAGAGCAAGCGAGCUACCAUGGUUGGUACGCCGUACUGGAUGGCCCCCGAGGUUGUUAAGCAGAAAGAAUACGGACCUAAGGUCGAUUGUUGGUCGUUGGGCAUCAUGGCUAUUGAGAUGAUUGAGUCCGAGCCUCCAUAUCUGAAUGAGGAGCCCCUCAAAGCAUUAUAUCUCAUCGCUACCAACGGCACUCCUCGUCUGAAGAAGCCCGAAAAGCUCAGCAAAGAGCUCAAGUCCUUCCUCAGCGUCUGCCUCUGCGUGGACGUCCGCAGUCGUGCUACGGCGGAUGAGUUGUUGGCACAUGAAUUCCUCAAGAUGGGAUGCAGCCUGGCUAGUCUUGCAGAGCUGCUGCGCUGGAAAAAGAACAGCGGGCAGUAAGCGAUGACGGAAGAGAUCCCAGCGCUGGACGUAACAUGCUACAGUGCGCACUCGGUAUCUUUUGAUGAUUUAAAUUCGAUCUUGUCCCUCCACAUAUGGGUUACAUUUACUCGACUCCGGCCGAUUCUACUACUCUUUGACGAAUCAUUUUGCGAUCCGAUCUCUUCUCGUGAUAUCCACACACAUUGCUUUGUCUUGCGCGCGGACUUGGCAUGGAUACCUCGGCGUUCUGAAAAUCGAUUUUCUCGGCCUUCUUCUCCGGCCCUCGCUUUUCUUCUUAUACAUUUUACAUUCGUGCAUAAUCCUUAUUUUGCGGCCCGCCCGCUUGCCGCUGCGUGGUGCUGUGUGAGCCGUCUUUGCUGUGCUUGUCCCCGCUAAAAGCAGUGCAACGAGCGUAAAACAGCACGGUGCGAGGGA